AUGGUGACGCUCACCCCACAGUCCAAUCUUGACUCCACCCUUCCUCAUGCUGUCACUGUGGGUGACUUCAGCAAGUGGAACACUUCUCCCCCAGGACUCACAUCUUUACAACCAGGUCGACCCAUUGAACUACUCCCUCCCUACCAGUCUCAGCUUGUAGAUCCACUGCAGUUCCAUACAUCUCACUUUUUAUACUUCAAUAAAGCUGAAAAAAAAAAAAAGCACAUCCAGACUUUUUUGCAGACGCCGCCACCCCGGAACCUCCCGCGCUGCCCAACCACAGUCAUCCCUACCGUGUUCUUUGACAUCGCCUUUGGCGGCGAGCCCUGGGGCCGCGUCUCCUUUGAGCUGUUUGCAGACAAAGUUCCAAAGACAGCAGAAGACUUUCGUGCUCUGAGCACUGGGGAGAAAGGCUUUGGUUAUAAAGGUUCCUGCUUUCACAGAAUAAUUCCGGGAUUUAUGUGCCAGGGUGGUGACUGCACACGCCAUAAUGGCACUGGUGGCAAGUCCAUCUAUGGGGAGAAAUUUGAUGAUGAGAAUUUCCUCCUGAAGCAUACGGGUCCUGGCAUCUUGUCCGUGGCAAAUGCUGGCCCCAACACAAACAGUUCCCAGUUUUUCAUCUGCACUGCCAAGACUGAGUGGUUGGAUGGCAAGCAUGUGGUCUUUGGCAAGGUGAAAGAGGGCAUGAAUAUUGUGGAAGCCAUGGAGCGCUUUGGGUCCAGGAAUGACAAGACCAGCAAGAAGAUCACCAUUGCUGACUGUGGACAAAUCUAAUAAUAAAUUUAACGU